AGCUCUCUCUCUCUCUCUCUCUCUCUCUCUCUCUCUCAUAUCUGCAUUUCUUGCACUCACAACAAUCAUUCUGCCUUCUCUACACACUCACACUCUCCUCUCUCCUCCCUCCUCAGCUUUCUUCCACCCUUGAUCAUGGCUUUCUUUCUCUUCCUGGUUCUCGUCCUCAUGGUUCCUUCAAGUAAUGCUCAGUGGCCACCUUCACCUGGCUACUACCCCAGCAGAAAAUUUAGGUCUAUGAGCUUUUAUCAAGGGUUUAGAAAUCUCUGGGGUCCUCAGCACCAAAGAGUAGACCAAAAUGCAUUGACAAUAUGGCUUGACAGUACCUCAGGUAGCGGAUUCAAGUCCAUUCGCCCCUUCCGAUCGGGCUACUUUGGUGCGUCCAUCAAGCUCCAACCUGGUUACACUGCAGGCGUGAUCACAGCUUUUUAUCUCUCCAACAACGAAGCCCAUCCGGGGUUUCAUGAUGAAGUGGAUAUCGAGUUCCUUGGAACCACAUUCGGGAAGCCUUAUACCUUACAAACCAAUGUUUACAUCAGAGGAAGUGGUGAUGGCCGCAUCAUAGGCAGAGAGAUGAAAUUUCAUCUAUGGUUUGAUCCCACCAAAGAUUUCCAUCACUAUGCUAUUCUCUGGAGUCCAAAGGACAUCAUAUUUUUCGUGGAUGAUGUGCCCGUAAGGAGGUACCCGAGGAAGAGCGCCACCACAUUUCCCCUAAGGCCAAUGUGGCUGUAUGGUUCCAUAUGGGACGCCUCAUCAUGGGCCACCGAAGAUGGAAAAUACAAAGCCGAUUACCGGUACCAGCCCUUUGUUGGGCAGUACAGUAACUUCAAAGCCAGCGGGUGCUCUGCCUAUUCUCCGGCGUCGUGCCGUCCGGUAUCGGCGUCUCCGUACCGGUCGGGACGGCUGAGCGGGCAACAGUACAGAGCCAUGCAAUGGGUCCAAAGUCGCCACAUGGUUUACAACUACUGCUCGGACAACAAGAGGGACCAUUCCCUCACACCUGAGUGUUGGGGUUAAAUGUCGUACUGCCCACAAUAAUUACAUCGCAUACCCUAUAGGAUCUCACUCAAAUUUGCUUCUCUUAUCAACUCUUUGAUUCUUCUUUUUUGGGGUGUCUUGAGAUGGGUCCUACUCCCCAUACCUAUAUUUAUGCAAAGAGUAAUUGAGCGUCCAAGACUCCGUGAAAAAGGGAAAAAAAAAAUUGGUUUGAAAGUCGGUGUGGUUUUCAUUUUUUGGGCGUGGGUAUUUUUGUUGUACAUUAUUGAUUUAAACAAAUACAAUAUUGUAUGAAAAUGAGAGAGGAAUAAAGAAAGAGAAGGAAGAUGGGGAUGGAGAAGCUAAAGGAGAUGGGGUUAUGGGGAAUGAGUGAGACUUUCAGAUUUCAGAUGUCAUUUCUAAAUAAAGCAAAGUGUUCAUUAUCUAGUUAUUAUUAUUAUUGAUAUAUUGAAUGAUGGGUGUGGAUGGGGUGAUGGCAUAGAAGUUGGUGCAAUUGUAUGAUUGGUCAUGGUUUGAAGUUCAUAUGGCAUGGAUUUCUUUCUAAAUUAAAUUUUUUCUUUUGGGGCGUUGUGAA